UCCGGCAAUGUUAUAUGUAUCGAAGUCCUUACAUCUCAACGAAUAUGUCGCUGGAGUUACAAUUCUCACUAUUUGUAAUGGAAUUUCCGAAAUUGCAGCAAAUUUCAGACAGACUGGAAGCAUUGAUACCGAACUGAUCUACAACCAAUACUUGGGAACUUCUUUGUUUGAAAUGGCCUUCAUUGGAGCACUUAUAGUUUUGAGACGCCGUUUCUACGUCUUUCCUGAAUUCUUUCUACCGAGCAUCAUCACACUAAUUGGGGCAUCCACUCUACUACAGAUCCUGAUGCACCAGGAACAAAUCAGUUUUGCACAGAAUCUAAUUCUGCUAGCGAUCUAUAUUGUGUACCUAAUUGCAAUCAUGCUCACCUCCAUAAUCGUACGAUCACAAAUCGAACAAAGUUCCAGCAAGAGUUUGGAGCGAGCAGUGAUGCUUAGUAUGGAAUUAGAAAUACGUACUCGUGAUGGUCGAAGCGUAGACAUAGAAGCAACACAGGCCGCAGGAUUCGUUGGAACCCAUCCAAACCAACAACUACUAGCGCAGUUUGUGAAUCGAUUGAGGCCUUUCCUGUGGCAGGAGCUGGAAGUGUCCAACGGAUGGAUGCGAUCAGCCAAACUGUUUGUGGCCCCUGUACAAACUCUAAUCACACUGCUGGUUCCAAAAGUUAACUACGAACUUCCGAUGCACGGUUGGUCUAAGCUGAUGUUUGUGGUGAACGUUGUUCUGUUUCCGCUAUUCUGUGUUCUAGUUAUUUCUGGUACAGAUUACAGUUAUCACAAAAUGGAACUGGUUUUCGCUACAUCCGUCAUGACUGCCGUUCUGGUUUUCUUAGUCACCCGAACCGAUCGGAAACCACCCGGAUACAUCGGGAUAGCUCUGUUUGCACUGUUCGGCACAGUUUUCGUUUCACUGUUGAUAGUUUUCGAAAUAGGAGCCAUGCUGGGAACGUUGGCGGUUGUUAUGAACAUCAGCAAAACAUCACUUGGAAUAACACUGCUGCCUUGGGCGAAUUGCUGGAUCGAUGUAAACACAAGCCUAGAGCUCACCAGAAGAGGUGUGUCCAAAAUUGGGUUCGCCGCAUGCCUAGCGGGACCAUUGUUUAACAUUCUUAUUGCUCUUUUUAUAGUAUUCAGCACUCGCAUGAUUCAGUUCGAAUCGUUGACCAUCGAGGUUCGCGAGGGUGCUUCUGGUCCUACUUGUAGUGCUUAUCUUGUGAUCACUUCGGUACUAAUUUUAUUGACGCUCGUGUUCAGUAAAUUUCAGGCACGAGCGUGUCUAGGAUUCAUGCUUUUUUUCACCUAUGGAAUGUUUCUGCUGAAUACUGUGCUGAGUGAGUUAGAAAUCAUCCAUGCCUACGGUACGGACCACAACGCAGACGACAACGACUAGA